UCAGCAGUGAGUGGGUAGGAAGCGAAGCUGACACAAGACACUUAAAGGUGGUAUUACUGAUCUGAAACAACUGUUCCUUCGGAUAAGUUCCGAUCAUAGUCAAAAUCUAUGUUGAUGGAAAACUACACUUACAACAGCUUCACACUCCAACUUGAGGGGAUAGAUGUCUCUGAGGAGUCUCUGUACCCUGUCUUUCUCUUCUUCCUCUUCUCCUACAUGUUUAUAAUUGUUGCAAAUGUGGGUAUUGCUGUUCUGGUUUUCACUGACAAGAACCUUCACCAGCCUAUGUAUCUUCUUUUUUGCAACCUGCCCUUCAAUGAUAUUCUUGGAAACUCUAUCAUGGUUCCUCGUUUGCUUUCAGAUAUUUUGCUGCCUCCCUCUGAGCGUCUCAUCAGUUAUUAUGAAUGUGUUGUUCAAGCAUUUACCACACACAUGUUUGGUACCACUGCUCACACAGUUCUCAUGAUUAUGGCCUUUGACAGAUAUGUGGCCAUUUGCAAUCCCCUGCGCUAUUCUUCCAUAAUGACCAACAAAAUGGUGAUCAAGUUGACAGUUUCUGCCUGGGGAGUGGCCUUCAUUUUGGUCGGGAUUCUACUCGGUCUGACCAUACGGCUGAACCGAUGCAGGACUAUGAUCACAAACCCUUUCUGUGACAAUGCCUCCUUGUUUAAGCUCUCCUGUGAGAAUGUGUUCAUUAAUAAUGUCUAUGGCCUCACUUUCACUGUAGUCCUGUUCACAGGUUCUAUAGGCAGCAUGGUUCUCACCUAUACUAAGAUUACAGUGGUCUGUCUGACCAGUAAGAACAAGUCUUUAAACAGUAAAGCCUUGAAGACCUGCAGCACUCACCUGGUUUUGUAUCUGAUCAUGCUGAUGAGUGGAUUUACUGUCAUUUUUCUGCAUCGCUUCCCCCAGUACUCAGACUACAGGAAACUUUCUGCCAUUCUGUUUCAUAUCAUCCCUUGCAGCCUAAACCCCAUUAUUUAUGGGGUGCAGUCAGCAGAAAUCUGCAGAUCAUUGUCAAAAUUAUUCCGAUACAAACCAGUAUGGCCAUUAUUCUGAGUUGAACAUUUUUAAGGUAGUGUGUAAACUUGAAGACAAAACAUGCCAAUUUCUGCCUGGGGAGUGGCAAGAUUACAAUAGUCUGUCUGACCGGUAACAACAAGUCUUUAAUAGCAGUAGAAUG